UCGUCGCCGUUCCGCGGCCAGGCUGCGCCGGGGUGGGGGUUGGGGGCACCGGAAGCCCCGGGCUGGGUUUCCGUCGCCGCCGCCGCUGCCGGGAUGGCUCUGGAGGCGAUCCGGUACCGCCGGGGUUCCCUGCAGAUCCUCAACCAGCUGCUGCUCCCCGCGGAGCUCCGCUAUGAGUCGGUGCCCGGCGUGGAACGAGCCUGGAGGGCGAUCGCCGACAUGGAGGUGCGGGGCGCCCCGGCCAUAGCCCUGGUCGGUUGCCUGAGCCUGGCGGUGGAGCUGGCGGGGGGCUCGGAGGCUCCGGCGGGGGGCUCGGAGGCUCCGGCGGAGGACGCGGCGGCGCUGGAGGCUUUCGUGGAGCGGCGGCUCCGGUACCUGCUCACGGCGAGACCGACCGCGGUCAACCUCGCCCGGGAGGCUCAGCGGCUCCUGGCCUUCAUCCGCCGGCGGCUGCAGACCCCCGGGGUCACCGCCCAGGGGCUGCGGGAGAGCAUCCUGGAGCACAUCGAGGGGCUGCUGGAGCAGGACCGGGAGGUGAAUCGGCGCAUCGGGGGGCACGGAGCAGGGCACAUCCUGUGCCACCUCCCCGAGGGUGCCAGCGUCACCAUCCUCACCCACUGCAACACUGGCACCCUGGCCACCGCCGGCUACGGCACCGCCCUGGGCAUCGUGCGGGCGCUGCACGCCCGGGGCCGCCUGCGCCGGGUGCUGUGCACCGAGACUCGGCCUUGCAACCAGGGCGGGAGGCUGACGGCGGCCGAGCUGCUGCACGACGGCGUCCCGGCCACGCUCAUCGCCGACGGCGCCGCCGCCGCCGCCAUGCGGCACCGAGGGGUCCAAGCCGUGGUGGUCGGCGCCGACCGCGUGGCAGCCAACGGCGACACUGCCAACAAGAUUGGCACCUACCAGCUGGCGGUGGUGGCACAGUACCACGGGGUCCCCUUCUACGUGGCAGCCCCCAGCUCGUCCUGUGACCUGGAGACGGCUUCUGGUGGGGACAUCCCCAUCGAGGAGAGGUCCCGGCGGGAGCUCACCCACCUGCAGGGCGUGCGGCUGGCACCCGAGGGGAUCGACGUUUGGAACCCGGCCUUCGAUGUCACCCCCCACGAGCUCAUCACGGGGGGGAUCGUCACCGAGUGGGGGGUCUUUGCCCCCGGGGAGCUGCGCCGGGCGCUGGCGGAGCGGGCGGCGCUGGCGGGGGGGCAGCAGUAAAAGGCUUUGACUGCGGCAGCGUUUCCGCCU